AUGGCAGAAAGCGAUGAGGUGAAUCAGAUGUCCACCGGCCAACCUACUCCUGCGGAUCAUCCUCAUCCGCCGGUUGCAGCCCACAUUCAUCAUCAUGGUCACGAGGGCACCUUUGUCCGUCCAUCAGACUUGCUUCGUCCAAGAGCCACAUCUCGACCAAUCGCCCCUGCGAAACCUGAUCGACCCAUCGAUAGAGAUGAAAGAGCCGGCUUGAAAGCUAUACGGGAUUUCCUGAGAGUGCGUAACUGUUAUGAAGUCCUACCUCUCAGCUUCAGACUUAUUGAGCUUGAUGUCGGUCUCACGGUCAAAGAGAGCCUCAACAUUCUGGUUCAGUGUGGUAUCGUCUCUGCGCCGCUAUGGGAUUCGACCACUUCGACCUAUGCCGGUUUGCUCACCGUCAACGACUACCUCAACGUCGUCAGAUACUAUAAUCUACAUGCCGACCAGCUGAAGGACGUUGAUAACCUAUUACUCAGCGACUUGAAAGAUGUCGAGAAAGUCCUUAACGUCAAACCUCCGGAGACCGUGUCGGCUUCACCGGAAGCCAUCCUAUAUGAUGCUCUGCGGAAACAACUAGUGUCCCGAGCUCGUCGAAUUCCUUUGGUCUCAUAUGAUAGCGACACCCAGAGAACCAUGAUCACUAGCGUUAUCACCCAAUACAGAAUUCUCAAAUUCAUCGCGAUGAAUGUCAAGGAAACCGACAUGCUCAGAAAACCGCUAGAAAUUAUCAGACUUGGUACCUACGGGAACAUCGUCCGUUGUAGUAUGGAUACAACGGUCUUGGAUGUAAUAGACGAAAUGGUGACCAAAAAUAUAUCAAGCGUUCCGGUGGUGACGACGGAAGGUGUCCUUCUGAAUGUUUUCGAAGCUGUCGAUGUAAUCGAAAUUCUCAAGACUGGAGACUAUGGAAAUCUCACUUGGACGGUCGGCAAAGCUCUUUCCGCCCGGUCACCAAAUCAUCCUGGGAUAUACUGCUGCUCGUUAGAAGACGGGCUUGACACAAUCUUCGAGACGAUCAAGAAAUCACGAGUCCAUCGGUUGAUGGUGGUAGAUGAGAACAAUUAUCUCAAGGGUGUUUUGUCACUCAGCGACAUUCUACAGUACCUAUUGGUCGAAGGUCAAGAGGAAUGA